AUGUCUUCGUUCUCGCUCCCUUUACCUUCUCGUCCCAAUAUCCCCUAUUCUCGUGCAGGCUCUCCAUCCCUGCAAACUGAUUCAGAUGACGCAGUCAUAACAGGUGUGGAAUUGAUUAUAGCCGAACUGGACCACUCAUCCGUGCAGUCCGCGCACACACAAUUCUCCCAACUCGUGUCAGACUUCAACAACACUAAUCCCACUCAGCAUCUUCCGCCCUUCCAGGUUCACCCCGGUGACCCCCGAAAUUCCGUUGAUUAUGUCUUCAUUUCCUUGCACCCUGAUCUAACCCCUGAACUGCGACCUGACAUACUUGAGCAGGUCCGCAAGGUGUUCGAUGGCCGCAGUGGAUUGCGCGCAGGUUGGAGAACUGGAAGUGGCACAGAUCAGUCGCGGCGUGUGAUGUUCAUCAUGGACAGUGAACAGCAUGCCCGCACCAUGCAGCCCAGGCUGGAAAAAUGGAUGAACGACCACGGUAUGACUUUUCAGGGGUGCUUCCUCAGCAAGCCUUCUGCUGGAUCCUUCCGCAUUACCUUCGAUAUACUUGAUCCCACUCAUGUUGCUCAACUCCGUCAACAGCCUCCCAUGUUUGACCGGCGCACCUACCCUGUCGUCCAAUCUCAGUUCAUACCUCCUAUCUACAGUCUGCAAGUGGCUGUUGCGGGCUGCGGAGAAUUUCAAGGCAUCGAAGGGCGCCUUAACACCUACAUUCACCGCCGUUAUGGCAAUGAUGCUAUCGCGUACAGCAGGAUGGUGCUGGAGGGCGAGGUCUACACUGUUGUCCUUAAAGACUGGGCGACGACUUCCCGCCUGGUUUCGGAUCCCUUCAAAUUCUUCUCUGACACUUCCAUACCUCAUUUUAUCUCCAUCUCUCAGCCUAUCCUUCUCUAUCUCCUCAACAGUGCCGAUGUUCCUCUCAAUCCAGCAUUCUUGUCUCACUCCUCUCCCUCCACCUCUCCCGACCAGCGCAGUAUUCAGGCACAAAUUGAUGCACUGUGCCAACAAGGGUUAGAGACUGUGCAUACCUUCUCUGAUGUGGUAAAGCAGCAGCAUGCCAUGAUAAUGGAGCUACGCUCACAGGGCAAUCACGUCAUGUCAGCAGUUUCCAUGGUAGCGUCCUCUGUCUCUACCUCGGCCCAGCUUUCCUCCGUUGAGAAUCAGCUGGGUCGCUUGCAUGACCGUCGGGCGCAACUCGAGGAUAAGCUCAUUCUGGCGCCCGAACCCAAUGCACAUCAGUAUAUACAGUCUCGCAUCCACUCCAUUGAUGAGGAAACCCACGAGUUAAAUGACCGAGCAGCUCACCUUCGCCGAGGAUUACAGGCGCUCGCUUCGCACAUUGACACCACUCUCCGAUUACUGCCAACCCCUGCUGCAGAACACUCUACCGCUCAGUCCUUGUCCCAAUCGUCAUCUGGCCACCUACGCCCUGAAAUCGAUUCCGAUGAGCAGCAGCGUUAUCAACCGAGGCCUCGCAUGACUCCAUCCCCACCUGGCCCUCAGCCUGACGGAAUGCAGACAGAAAUGGGGAGCGAAGCAGGCAAAGUACGGAAGUGCAUAGUGGAUCCCUUCUUCACUCUUGCACCCACUUAUGCUAUUAACGCGAACGGGCUGGCUAAUGUCUCUAAAAUGGCCGCCAUAGCUAAUGCCAUUACUUUACGGCAGCCUCAUGCGUGGAUCAUUAACGAAACCAAGUUACCUCAACCUCAAGCUUCUCGUAUUCGUGUCAAUGGAUACAAUACUUUUGAGGAACCAGGUCUUCCGCUGUCCACUGGACGUUCCAGAAAGUGGGGGGUUAUUCUUGGUAUCAAACGCUCCAUUCACACACAGCAUAUCCCAACUCCCCCACAACUUCACGGUCGUGCAGUCAUCCUUGAUGCUAUCAUUCUCACCGAGGAUGGGCAUGGGUUCCCUCACUGA